UCAAAAGAACAAGGAAGAUUACGAGUAGAAGAAGUAAAGUCUCGUGCUAACGCUGCCACAAAUAAACAAUUUGCUCAUGUGGAUUUAAAGACUGAGUCCGCUAUGAAUAAGCCUUUAAAACUUAAUGGCGAGUCACAAGAACAAGGAAAAUUACGAGUAUUUGAAGGAAAAUCUCGUGCUGACGUUAUCAAAGCUGCGAAAUAUACCGUGUUUAUAGCAUGGACUGGUUCAAUGACUCAGGAUGGAUUGAAGUCUUUAUUUGGCAUUGACGAGAUUCGAUAUUUACCAAAUAAACAAUUUGCCCAUGUGGAUUUAAAGACUGAGGCCGCUAAGAAAAAGGCUUUGAAACUUAACGGCGAGUCACAAGAGCAAGGAAAAUUGCGAGUAGAAGAAGGAAAACCUCGUAACACAGAAUAUAAUGGACAUCAUAAAUCCAUUUACGGAAUCUCUCGUAAUGAACUUGCUGAAGGUCGCCGAGCUUGGCAAGAAUAUUCACAUCUGCAAACUAUAU